UUUGUGGGGCGUGUGUGUGUGUGUUUGUAAAAAUAGGAAAAACAACAAAAAAGUGGGAGAGCUAUGGGAAAACAAAUCUCUCACAGCCUGCUAGCUCCAAUACGACGCCUGGCGCCUUCCCCCGGAGCCGCGAAGGUCGUCCCCGGGGGAGGAGGGAGAGCGACCCGGCCCCCGCUGGCGCCUGCGCACUGGCGACGACCUGGGGCGGAAGCGCCGGCAUCUACACUCUUGCGCGUUCCGUGAGAACCGCCCGAUUAAAUAUGUUUGUUUUCUAUGGCUGCUGAACCUAUCCCAUGGUGAGAGAUACCGCAUCCCCGGGGGUUGGGACUCUUCGCUAUCCCCCUCCUCCGCCGGCACUCCGAAGACAGCCCCCCGUGAGGGCGCCCAAAGCUCGGGGUCCUGGGUUUCUAUGGCGACACGCAGGCGCUCCGGGAAAGGGCGAGGCGCGAUGUCUGGCGGGAAACACAAUCGGCCGGUAGCGGCUGUCUGUGUUUCCCAUCACUUCUGGACUGUCAAAUCCCAGUAGGGGGCUGAUUUGUUUCUAAGUCCGCUUUCUGGAGCGGUAUUUCCAAUGACCAGAGUUGGUAGGAAGCCUUGACUAAUAUGUCUCUUCCGAAAACGUCCUCCACAUCGCUAACCUCCAUGUUAACGCAUGAGGGCAAAAAAUUAAAAGUCUCUGCAUCCAAGGAGGAGACAGGACUUCCUGAACUAAAGGAAAAAAGAAAUAUGGUGGAUCGUUCAAAACCGCUUCCUACAUCCCUUCAGAAUGAGUUCAUCCCUGAGGAAGUUCUUCUUUCUCUGACCUAUGCCGCCAAUGCUGGUCCUUGUCCUGAAAACUUAUUGCCCCCUAAGAAAACUAAAACCCCAAAAGGCACUCUUCCGCGUCAGACUGACCAGGUCUGGUAUCACCCUAUUCGAAGAAAUAAGUUCAAAUACCUGAUUGAUCAUCCUGUUUCCCUAACUGGUGCCGGAAGGGAUAUUUCUUUCCUGUAUGAUGUUAAAUACGUUAAAGGUGAGGCCAGGGAGAGUUCACUUUGUCCCCCACGCUUGGAGCGAUCAUUACAGUCACAUGAUGGUGUCAUUGUGCCUCAUAAGACAAAGAAACUAACAGAUACUUUGGUUCCUGAAGAAUUUCAUAUUGUGUCAAAUACAGGAGUUUCAGGUUUGGAGUGUUACGAUGACAAAUAUACUACUCUCCUCACAGAUAGUGAAAACAGGCUGUUGCUCUUCCCAUCCAUGAAACCUAAUAAAAGAGUUGAAGUGGUCCAGCUGAAUGACGUGAUGGAUGCUAUGCUAGAGAGGGCUGGUGUGGAAAAUCAGGAAUAUACAGGGCCAACCAAGAUGCACAAACUACUACAUAUGUUAAGGAAGGAACAGAACAUUUACAAUACAGUAUUUCAUGAACUAAUUCGGCAAGUCAGUGUGGACUGUGCAGAUAGAGGAGAACUACUGUCUAAAAUCAGAGAGCGGUAUGUACAAAUGCUUGACCAAAUUGCCAGACAGAUGAUUGAGUUCUACAAAGACUUGGUAACUCAGCGAAUGAUGGACCAGCGCAUUCUAGAAGAGCUGUACAAUUUUAAGAAUGUUAUUGAAGAACUGACCAGGGAGUUGUGUCUGGUUCGUGCACAUGAUAUGAAAUUAACAAAGGAAGCAGAGAAGGCACACAAGGAUUUGGCGCAAGCUCUUUUAGAUGCUGAAAAGAAUGCCAGGGUUGUAGAAGAAUACCAUGACUUAUACACAUUGCAAAGAGGAAGGAUGGAGAGUGAUAUUAAACAGUUAAUGGCCGAAAGAGAUCUUUGGAGCUCAGCCACAUAUGAACUGGCCCUAAAGGUAAUUGAAAAAAAUAGAGUCAUAUUGGCCAAAAGACUUUACCUCAAUGAAAAAGGUUGGAAUAAAUAUACUAAGCAUUUCAUCAUACUGCUGUCAACCAAGGACACUGCAGACCUUGCACUGUUGCAGAAAUUGACACUGAAAUGGAGAAGCUCAAUGAAUAAAUUUAAAAAUGAAGUGGAACAAAAUGAAGAGUCUACAAGGGAGAAAUUGCAAACUAUUAUGGAUAGUCUUACCAAAUGGCAGGAGUUCCUCCGAAAUGACGGAAAAGACAUUUCAUCUCUUAAUAAAGAAAAUACAUUUGAAUCAGUUAUUGCAGACUUCAAUCAGUGGCAAAAGGUGUUAACUGAAGAUAAAGACAAGUAUACUGGGUAUUUGCUAGUGUCAAAAUACGAUUCUCUCAAGAUUAUUAAACAUUUACAGGAAAACUGGACAGAUAUUGGGUUUGGGAUAUUGAAUCGCCACAAAAGUAUGGAGGGGGAUAUGCCACCAGAGCUACAGUACAUGCAGGAAAUUGUGAAAACCAUAGGAAGACUCUAUAAAGAAUUUGAAAUAAGAAUAAAUGGGGAUAAUGGUAUAUCUAAAAUUCUUUCAAGUUUGGUUAGUUCUCUAGACUUCUGUUCUUUCAAGUUGGUAAAUGGCCUGCAGUUUCCUGAUAUGCUUCAUGAAGAAUGGGAAAGACUUAAUGGAAAAGUUAAUGAAAUGAAAUCGCAGUUGGAUACAUCGAUAAACAUUAUUGGUACUGUUCCUCAGUAUAUGGAUGUGGAUUCUGGCCCGGUACUUCAAGCACAAAUAUUUAACAUGAUUCAACAAUGGCUUUUGAAGAUAAGCAAUGAAAUUAACAAUGGUAACAUUGAACUUCAGCGCCAUAUGGAUGAAUUGCAUAUAUCUAUGAUCCAGUGGAUGGUAAGCUUGUUGAUUUUAAUGGUGCCUGACUUCACUGACCAAAACACUCUCCCAAAUUUGAGGGAGGAAAGUGCUGAGAAACAUGAUCUGGGAGUUGCAAAGUUGGAGCUAGACGCAAUUGCACUGGCCAGAAAGUUGGCGCAAUAUUCCAGCUAUUUGAACAGUUGUUGCAAAGGCAUGGUAACAGCUAUGGCCCUGAAUAAGGCAGGUCACUUAGAAAAAAAUCCUGCUAAGGAACUUCACGAGCUGAAUGAGAUGAAGAAAGAAUGUUAUGGGUGGAUCACCACAUGUUCUCACCUCCUUUCUGGGAUCAAAGGCAAAAAAGUAACGUUACUGACAAGGGAAGAAAAAGAACAUCUAUUUGGAGAAGAGGAUUUUUUAAAAGAAUUAAUUGAACCUGAAAUAGACAGCCUUUUUACUUUUGGAGAAGAGGAAGAAGAAAGCAUGAAGGAUAAUUUUCAGAUGCAAAAGGAAGAAGAGAAGCCUUCAACAUCCAAGGAGGAGGAAAAACUCAUUCGAGUAAUUGAAAAAGAUGAAAAUAUUUAUUCUAAACCUCUAUUUGAAGCAAAUAUAUUCUCUUCCUGGAGAGAAUCAGCGAAGCAAGGCACAUUGGCCCCAAAGUAUCUCGAAGCAAUGGCUAUCAUUGAACGCACACAGGAGAAGUUACUAGAGGUUGAAAGCAGAGCCAGACAAGCAGAGGAGAAGUUUGAUGAUGUAAAUGAGAAACUUCAUUACGCCCUUAUAAGAAAUAAAGACCUGGAGAGAGAAUUAGAGACUAUUUUGACAAGUUCUAGACAGAAGGAGUUUGAAGGAAGGGAAGAAGAAAAUGAAGGAGAAAGAGAAGACAGAGAAGAUGAAGAAGAUGAUGACGACGAUGAUGAAGAAAUCAAGCCAAUAGAACAUUCGCCAAAAUCUCUAAAGAGAGAGGUACAACGUAAGGAAGGUCCUCUCAACCCUAAACCCAGAGCUCGGACUAAAUCCAAGACCAAGUCCAAGUAGCAUCCUUUGGGCGCUGGGCUUCAGCAGGGCUCCCCUCACUCACCUCUGUGUGCUGCUGAGCUGACUGUGGCUCAGCUGGAGGGACUUCCUGUGCAACAGCUACUAGAAAAGUCACGACGUAUAAUGCAAGAAUAUUUUCUCUUUGAACGUCACAGUGAAGGCUGUAGGGAAUAAGUGUGUUAGUUUAUCUCCCAGAUUAAAAAUGGCUUGUUCAAAAAUUUGCUGGCCUCUUCAAAUGAUUUCCUAACAGAGGUCUGUGAAAAGGGUCAGUUUCUGUCAAGAAAAUAAUGCUUUUUGAAGACUCUGAACUCUGCAGAGAGGAGUGGCAAAUACAAAGGAUUAUUUUUUACAGUUUAAAAGAGAGGAGCCUGAUAAUGUUCUUGGGUUUGGGCAGCAUUUUCAGACUUCUUGUGAUUUCAGGCAUGUUUAUGAUUUGAUUUUCACAAUAACCCUACAAAGAAGAUGGGGGGAGAUGCUGUUAUUAUCGCCAUUUCUCAGAAGAUGAACUGAGUCCCGCCCCCUCCCCCACAAAUGGUUAUAAGACUCCCUAAGGUCACAGAACUGAUGGCUGUUGGAGCCCACUGCUUACUGGACCUGUGUCUGGAUGUUUGACAGUGGUGAUGGGUUACCAGGCCACUGUUCAGAUGGUUUCCUUCACAGGGUGAGGACAGAAGAUUGUACUGAAAUUUAAGAAUGCUGUUGAAGAUUCACCCAGAAUCGCCAUUUUUUGCUUUGAUUGCUUCACUUGUCUGCUCUGUUCAUGACCCCAGAUCCAUCGAGGCAUUAGAGAUGGACUAACCGGCAAAAAUAAGUUGCGAGUGACAAGUGGACAUUUGGGGCCGGCACUUGGCAAGGACUCCUUCUCUACUGCUCCCGGGGCACUUGGAUUUCCUCUGAUUUCUGGGUCUAAACACCUAGGCGCCUGCUUUGACUCCACAUAUUUGGUGUUCUUUUGAAUUUAUCUCCUGGAAUUUUAGACCCUUGCCUGUUGCCUAAGCCUCAGAAACCCUGUGACCUGGAGUCCCCAGCCAUUUUCAGCUCAGUCCCGGGCCAGGCCUACCUUGGCCAUCAUCGAAGUGUAGUGUAGAAUGUAGUGUAGGAUGUUGUGUAGGGGUUUAAAAAAUGCAUGGGUUCUGUCCACCUCAGCCCACUGGAUGACUCUUGAAGUCUGAGGGAGGAAAACAUGACUUCAGACAGUCGGCUGUGCUCGUGGCUCCGCUGAAAGCUGGAACUGACACUGUGAGCUCGCGCUUACAGUCCUUGCUUUCUGCUUUCCCAAAGAGAUUCUUAGGUGAUUCUAGCAAAUUUGGAGGCUUUUUG